AUGCGCUGGUUGGAGGUUGGAAGAAGCAGAAGAAGCGAGGCAAGAACACAUUUGGAUGUUAGCAUAGGCCCGUGUUGCGCGUGGGAGCGAAGGGGAAAGGAAGGGCGUGCGUGGUUGUUGAUGUCUGUCGACGGUAGGGAUAGCAACUCCGUAAUAAGGUUCGAUAUGGUAAACAUUACCCUCCUGAAUUUGCCAUCGAAUUUGUCGAUUUCCUUUCCAACGUCUCCCCCCCGACCCCCCUUUUCUAUUCUAAAGCCAGACAUCGAAUAUAUUUACCUACAGACAUAUAUGAUCAGACUUGCGCGAGCGAGCGAAUGA